GAGACGGGCAAGGAACAGCAACUUCGUGAUCAGAUCAAAGACCUUGAGAACACCAUUCGCAUGGUCGAGAAGUGUGGUCCCAAUGGGUUCCAAGCAAAGGCAGAAUUGGAUAAGCAGCUCAAGGAAGCGCGUCAGUCCCUCGCUGAAUGCAAGCCCGCUCUGUCUCAACACACAGCCAUCGGUCACAAUAUCAUCAAGGCCGAGGCCACCCAGCGCAGGUUGGUUCAAGACGUUCAGAAGCAGCAGCUGGUCAUUGAACAGGCGAAUGAGAAGCUCGACAGUCUCAUGGCACAGCAGGCAGCAGUGGCAAAAGAGUUGGCGUGGCUCAAUCAGAAAUUGGUGGAGACUAUGCCAGCGGCGGUGACGAUAAAAAAGGAGAUGCAAGAGUUCAUGGCGUCUCCGGCGUUUGCCAAGUUCAAGAAGUUCAUGGAUCAGCAGAAG